CUUGACAAAUAAAAUAACCAGUUUUCUUUGUCAAACUAUAAAGAUAAGUUUAAAUUGUUUGUUUUAAUUAUCUGCAAAAAAAAAAAAAUUAUAUUGUUGUAUAGUCGUUUAUUAGAAGUCGUUGGAGGCAGAAUUUACUAAAUUUUACCCAGGAAGAAUAUAUUUUAUCAGAAAAUGUUUUGAAUUAAUUUUAAAUAUGAAGAAAUUGAUUCCUAAUAUUGAGAUAUUUUUAUGCUUUCUUGUAUUCGUAGAAGGUAGACGUCCUAGUACAGAUGUCAAUCUUAAAACUCUCGUUACCGGUUAUGGCUAUCCGUUCGAAGUUCAUGAGACAACAACUGACGAUGAUUACAUUUUGGAACUUCAUCGAAUAUCAGGAGGCAGAAAUGAAGCACAAAAUUCUACGGCUAAGAAGCAAGUUGUACUUAUGAUGCAUGGCUUGAUUGGUUCAUCGGCUUCAUGGUUAAUAACGGGUCCAAACAGAUCGUUAGCAUUGACGUUGGCUGAUAAAAAUUAUGACGUUUGGUUGGGAAACAAUAGAGGCAACACUUACAGUCAAAAACACAAAACAAAAUUAGAAACAAGCUAUGAUUACUGGGAUUUUAGCUGGCACGAGUUUGGAAUGCACGAUUUGCCCGCAAUGAUAGACUAUGUUUUAAAUAAAACCGGCGCUGAGAAGCUUCUUUACGUUGGAUUCUCUCAGGGUUGCACGCAAUUGAUGGUUAUGGGAUCAUUGAAACCCGAAUACAAUGAUAAAAUAGAAUUUGCCAUACUUUUUGCACCGGCUGUAUUUAUGGGGCACACCAGAGGAAUUCUAACACUAGCCUCGCCAAUCACUUAUCUUUCUAUGUACGAAGCAGAGAAAAUGGGCUAUUUUUCGAUAGGAGUUGCUAAUCCAAGAUUAAGAAUCUUCACCAAAUCUUUUUGUUCAAAAGAUGUCAUUUGGCAGAGGUUGUGUCUAUUUUUAAUUUUUACCGCAGUUGGCUUUGGAUAUGACGAAGUGGAUCGUGCUCAAGUUGACAAAUUCCUGGCAUAUGAGCCGGCGGGUUCCUCUUGGAAGCAAAUCAUCCAUUACGGAUUCAAUAAUUGGAAUAAAGGUCACUUUAGAUUGUACGACUAUGGCAAAAAGAAAAACAAAAAAAUUUAUAAUUCCACCACUCCUCCGGACUAUCCGUUGGAAAAUGUCAACAUCCCUAUGGUAAUAUACCAUGGAAAGAAUGAUUAUUUAGCAGCACCUAAAGAUGUAGAGCUGCUGGCGUCUAAACUUCCGAUCGUACUUAAAAGGCAACUUGUACAGCAAAGAAAACUGAAUCAUUACGAUUUCGUCUUUGGACUACGAAUAAAAGAGCUGGCUUAUGAUCCGGCUUUCAAAAUUUAUAAGAAAUAUAUGAAAUCAAUUAAUAAAACUCUCGUUACCGGUUAUGGCUAUCCGUUCGAAGUUCAUGAGACAACAACUGACGAUGAUUACAUUUUGGAACUUCAUCGAAUAUCAGGAGGCAGAAAUGAAGCACAAAAUUCUACGGCUAAGAAGCAAGUUGUACUUAUGAUGCAUGGCUUCAUUAGUUCUUCGGCUUCAUGGUUAAUAACGGGUCCAAACAGGUCGUUCGGUAACAGUUUUACAAUAUUCAUCAAUUGGCACGAGAUGGGAAUCUACGAUUUGCCCGCAAUGAUAGAUUAUAUUUUGAAUAAAACAGGCGAGGAGAAGCUUCUGUACGUCGGAUUUUCUCAGGGAUGUACGCAAUUAUUAGUGAUGGGAUCAUUGAAACCAGAGUACAACAAGAAAGUACAGUAUGCCAUACUUUUGGCACCUGGGGCAUUUAUGGGAAACAUAAAGGGAAUCCUUUCACUACUGAAACCAAUAGUUUAUCCUGCAAUGUACGUAUCAGAGAAACUGGGGUAUUUUUCCAUAGCGAAUGCUAAUCCAACGUUAAGAAUUUUUCUACAAUCGUUCUGCUCAAAACAAGCUAUUUCGCAGGAGUUGUGUAUAUUUUUAAUUUUUACCGUAGUUGGCUUCGGAUACGACGAAGUGGAUCGUGUUCACAUUGAGAAUUUCCUUACAUAUGAGCCGGCGGGUUCUUCUUGGAAGCAAGUGAUCCAUUACGGAAUGAAUUACUGGAAUAAAGGUCACUUUAGAUUGUACGACUAUGGCAAAAAGAAAAACAAAAAAAUUUAUAAUUCCACCACUCCUCCGGAAUAUCCGUUGGAAAAUGUCGAUAUUCCAAUUGCAAUGUACCAUGGAACAAAUGAUUAUGUAGCAACACCUCAGGACAUAGAACUGCUUGGCACGAAACUUCCAAAUCUAGUUGAAAGACAAUUGAUUAAAGAAAAGGAAUUGAAUCACUACGAUUUUCUUUUUGGUUUGGAAAUAAAAGAACUCGUCUAUAAUCAAGCUCACAAAGUUUUCAUCAAUUUCUUCGUAGCGUCAGUGACAUUAGUUUCGAUGGGAAAUAAAAUUUAUUUUAUUCUCCUUCUUUAUUGUUAUGUUUUCGAUUUGUCCCAAGGAAUAAUUCCGGAUACGGCGAAAAAAAUUACAAGAUUGAUAGAGGACUAUGGAUAUUUGGUGCAAACUCAUCAUGUCAUAACGCAAGAUGGUUAUAUUCUUGAAAUCCAAAGAAUUCCUGGGAUUAAAGGUGAAAGUGUCAGGAAUGGAAAACCUCCGGUAUUAAUAAUGCACGGUCUCGUAAUGAGUUCUGCAGAUUGGGUUGUAACUGGUCCCAACACUUCACUGGCAUUUUUACUAGUUGAAAAUGGAUACGACGUGUGGUUAGGAAACAAUCGUGGCAACACUUUUGGAAAAAAUCACACACACUUCUUGGAAACUAGCUAUGGAUUUUGGGACUUUAGUUGGCACGAGUUUGGAAUUUACGAUUUGCCGGCAAUGAUCGAUUAUAUUUUGAAAGAGACCAACACGAAUGAUCUCAACUAUAUUUGCUAUUCACAAGGAUGUACACAAUUUUUAGUGAUGGGCUCGUUGAAACCAGAGUAUAAUAAAAAAAUACGAUUCACUGCUGCAAUGGCACCAGCGGCUUAUUUCAAAUACACAAAGGGGCUUAAUGCACUGGUGCAUAAUAUAAUUUUAUUAUCGAAGGUUUUUGUAGAAAACUUUGGAUAUUUCGAAUUUUUCCCAGCAUUUUCAAUUAUUAGAGUGAUUAUCAGAAAUAUCUGUUGGUUCGGAAAUCCAUUCCAAAAUUUAUGCUAUUUUGCAGUUUUUAGUAUUGCUGGAAUUGGAAUUGAUGAAAUGGAUCCGCAAAGAAUAGCCGAUCAAAUGACAUAUUUUCCUGCUGGAUGUUCAUAUAAACAAUUAAUUCAUUAUCACACUGGACAAUUAAAUGGAGCAUUUUGCCAGUACGAUUACGGACCUGUGAAAAACUUGCAUUUAUAUAAUUCAACAACUCCUCCUAAAUAUCCGAUUGAAAGGAUUAAAGUACCAGUUGCUGUAUUUUAUGGAGCUAACGAUUUUCUAACAUCUCCCGGGGACGUAUUGCACUUAGCAUCAAAACUUCCAAAUGUCAUCGGGAAAUUCGUUGUAAAGGGACGAAAAUUAAAUCACUUGGAUUUUAUUUAUGGAAAAAAUGUACGAAAACUUGUUUACUAUCCAAUACUGAAAAUUCUGACUGCCUUUAGGAAAAGUUAAUUACAUUUUUAUGUCAGUUAAUAUAGUAUUUUUCUAUUUUCCAUUUUUAAUUUCCUACUUUCUAUUUUCCAUUUUCUAUUUUCCAUUUUCUAUUCUUUAUUAUCUAUUUUCUAUUUCCU